CCCGAGCCGCGAGCCCGGAGCCGGCCCCAGCCCCGCGGCCGCCGCGGCUGCGGGGAGAGGGCGGGGGCGAUGCUGCCGGAGCCGCCGCCGCCGCCGCCGCCUCGGUGAGAGCCGCGCCGUGCACCGCCGCUCGCCGCCGCGCAGGCUGACAGGCACCCGGACCCGCUUCCCUCGCGCGGGCAUCCUCCCCGGGCUGCCGGGAAGCGGCGGCGGCGGCGGCGGAGGAAGAGGAGGAAGAGGAGGAGGAAGAGGAGGCGGAGGAGGAGGACGAGGAGGAGGAGGAGGAGAAGGGAGAAGCGGACCGGGCGGAGGGCAGCCGCGAGAGGAGGUGGACCUGGAGCCGUUUCUCCCGGCCAGGACCCGCGCGGCCCCAGCCACCGCUCCCCGCCGGCGCCGUCCCCUCUCCAUCAGUCCCCCUGCGCCCACCCGCGACCCCCGGCUUCCCGCGCGUCGGGCCGGAGCCGGAGCGGCACGGCCGGAGACGGCCCGGCCUCCGGGUAAUGCUCAUGCCGCUGCAAUAAGUGUUGGUGGUCAUCGAGGGCUUUGCAUCCUGGGGACGAAUCCCGAGCUUGCCAGAGACGGACGGCGCAAGCAGGUCCGGCCUCUGUUUCCCCGCGAGGAGCAGCCGCGGCCCACCGAGAUGUCCCGGCACCACAGCCGCUUCGAAAGAGAUUACCGGGUGGGCUGGGACCGCCGCGAGUGGAGCGCCAACGGCACGCAUGGGACCACCAGCAUCUGCAGCGCCACGGCCGGCGGGGCCGGGGGCGCGGCCGCCAGCAGCCUCAGCGCGCGGCCCGGCCUCCUGCCACUGCCCGUGGUGCCCUCCCGGCUGCCCACGCCCGCCGCCACGGCCCCCGCCCCCUGCACCACUGGCAGCGGCGAGGCCAUCACCAGCCUCGUGGCCAGCUCCGCCUCCGUGGUCACCACCAAGGCCCCCGGCAUCUCCAAGGCGGACAAUCCGGCCCAGGGACUCACCACCAGCAUCCGGUGGGGACAGACGCCCAUCAACCAGUCCACGCCCUGGGACACGGAGGAGCCGCCCUCCAAGCAGAUGCGGGAGAGCGACAACCCAGGCACGGGGCCCUGGGUGACCACAGUGGCCGCCGGGAGCCAGCCCGCCCUGAUCGCUCACUCCUACGGCGUGGCCCAGCCUCCCACCUUCAGCCCGGCCGUGAACGUGCAGGCCCCGGUCAUCGGGGUGACCCCCUCGCUGCCUCCCCACGUGGGGCCCCAGCUCCCGCUGAUGCCCGGCCACUACUCGCUCCCACAGCCGCCCGCCCAGCCGCUGAGCAGCGUGGUGGUCAACAUGCCGGCCCAGGCUCUGUACGCCAGCCCGCAGCCCUUGGCUGUGUCCACCCUGCCCAGUGUGGGCCAGGUGGCCCGCCCGGGCCCCAGCGCCGUGGGCAAUGGCCACAUGGCCGGGCCCCUGAUGCCCCCACCGCCAGCCCAGCCAUCCGCCACCCUCCCCAGCGGGGCCCCCACCACCAACGGGCCCCCCACCACCGACUCUGCCCCCGGGCUGCAGAUGCUUCGUACCAUCGGCGUGGGGAAGUAUGAGUUCACCGACCCCGGGCACCCCAAAGAAAUGUUGAAGGAAUUGAACCAGCAGCGCAGAGCGAAAGCGUUUACAGACCUGAAAAUUGUUGUUGAAGGCAGAGAGUUUGAAGUCCACCAAAAUGUUCUAGCUUCCUGCAGCUUGUAUUUCAAGGACCUGAUUCAAAGGUCCGUGCAGGACGGCGGCCAGGCCGGCCGGGAGAAGCUGGAGCUCGUCCUGUCCAACCUGCAGGCCAACGUCCUAGAGCUGCUGCUGGAGUUCGUCUACACCGGCUCCCUGGUCAUCGACUCGGCCAACGCCAAGACGCUGCUGGAGGCGGCCAGCAAGUUCCAGUUUCACACCUUCUGCAGAGUCUGUGUGUCCUUCCUCGAGAAGCAGCUGACGGCCAGCAACUGCCUGGGCGUGCUGGCCAUGGCCGAGGCCAUGCAGUGCAGCGAGCUCUACCACAUGGCCAAAGCGUUUGCGCUGCAGAUCUUCCCCGAGGUGGCGGCCCAGGAUGAGAUCCUCAGCAUCUCCAAGGAGGACUUCAUCGCCUACAUCUCCAACGACAGCCUCAACACCAAGGCCGAGGAGUUGGUGUACGAGACCGUCAUCAAGUGGAUCAAGAAGGACCCCGCGUCCCGCGCACAGCACGCCGCCGAGCUGCUGGCCGUGGUGCGGCUGCCCUUCAUCCACCCCAGCUACCUGCUGAACGUGGUGGACAAUGAGGAGCUCAUCAAGUCGUCCGAGGCGUGCCGGGACCUGGUGAACGAGGCCAAGCGCUACCACAUGCUGCCGCACGCCCGCCAGGAGAUGCAGACGCCCCGCACGCGGCCGCGCCUCUCGGCAGGCGUGGCCGAGGUCAUCGUCUUGGUCGGUGGCCGUCAGAUGGUGGGGAUGACCCAGCGCUCGCUGGUGGCCGUCACCUGCUGGAACCCCCAAAACAACAAGUGGUACCCCCUGGCCUCUCUGCCUUUCUAUGACCGCGAGUUCUUCAGCGUCGUGAGUGCCGGGGACAACAUCUACCUCUCAGGUGGGAUGGAGUCGGGGCUGGCGCUGCCCGACGUCUGGUGCUACAUGUCCCUGCUGGACAGCUGGAAUCUCGUGUCCAGGAUGACCGUCCCCCGCUGCCGCCACAACAGCCUGGUGUACGACGGGAAGAUCUACACGCUCGGGGGCCUGGGCGCGGCUGGCAACGUGGACCAUGUGGAGAGGUACGACACCAUCACCAACCAGUGGGAGGCGGUGGCCCCGCUGCCCAAGGCCGUGCACUCGGCGGCCGCCACCGUGUGCGGAGGCAAGAUCUACGUCUUCGGGGGCGUCAACGAGGCCGGCCGGGCCGCCGGCGUCCUCCAGUCCUACGUCCCGCAGACCAACACGUGGAGCUUCAUCGAGUCCCCGAUGAUCGACAACAAGUACGCGCCGGCCGUCACCCUCAACGGCUUCGUCUUCAUACUGGGUGGCGCCUACGCCAGAGCCACGACCAUCUACGACCCGGACAAGGGCAACAUCAAGGCGGGCCCCAACAUGAAUCACUCCCGCCAGUUCUGCAGCGCGGUGGUGCUGGAUGGCAAGAUCUACGCCACGGGGGGCAUCGUGAGCAGCGAGGGGCCUGCCCUGGGCAACAUGGAGGCCUACGAGCCCACCACCAACACGUGGACCCUCCUCCCGCACAUGCCCUGCCCUGUGUUCAGACACGGCUGCGUGGUGAUCAAGAAGUACAUUCAGAGUGGCUGACAUUCGCAGAAAGCGCGCCCGGGCCACCCACUCGCCACGACCCGCGUUCAGCGCCCCCUGAGGCCGACCCGCACACUCGAGGGACCCACGUGCCACGUUCCGAAUCCUCUCUACAUUGAAUGUAGACAAGCAUCCUCGCCUUC